AAUUCCGGUUGGAGGACGUUGAACUGACGCAUACUGCACUACGCGGCAGCUGCUGUCCUGAGUUUGUCUUUCUGCUGCCGUCGUCUGCAAAGGAGAAUGGUCAACAUCGGAGACUUGCCCAGUGACAUUCUUCUAGAUCUGCUCUCUCGGGUCCCAGGAAGGGAUCUAGUCUGCAACUGCCGCCUGGUUUGCUUGCAGUGGCGAGACUUGGUGGAUCUGGCCACGCUGUGGAAGCGCAAGUGCUUGCAGGAAGGUUUCAACCCUGAACCACCAGACAGGAGUGUCCCAGACUGGAAGACCUUCUACUUUCUCUGUAUUAUGAAGAGGAAUUUAAUCCAGAACCCGUGCGGUGAAGAGGGCUUCAACUUCUGGGAACUUGAGUCAGAUGGAGGAGACAAGUGGCGUAUCGAAGAGCUGCCCGGAGCUCGGAGAAGAGACUUUCCUCACCAGCCCGUCCCAAAAUAUUUUGUCACGUCUCAAGGGCCCUGCACGAAGCAUCAGAUCAUCAGUUUAAAGAACGAAGGUUAUUGGGACGAGCUGAUGGACAAGACCAAGCCAGAUAUUGUGGUGAGAGACUGGUUCCACUGUGGCUGCCCUUGCCGGUAUCAACUUCAAGUGAAGCUGCUUUCAUCCGAAUUCAGAGUCCUCCAAGAAUUUCACCCCAAAGACGUGAUUGUGGAGCAGUGCUCGGACAGAGAAUGGCGCGAGGUCUCGUAUACUUUUCACAGCUACCCUUCUGGGGUUCGUCACUUGCUGUUGAAACACGGAGGCCAGGGCUGGUACGGCGUGCGAAUAACCAACAGCAGCAUCACCAUCGGCCCGGAAAGCGGGGAGUGACACGGAUAGCUUUUCAAAAAGAACCCCAAAAAACCUGCCUUGGAAGCGCUUGGUUUUUCUAGUGCAAUUCUGGGCGGAGUUCCCUGUUAAAUUUGUACACUGCUUGCAGUCGCAGCUUCAGACUUCUGCUGCUCUGAAAUUGUACAUUUGUAUCUGCCACCUAUAUCUGAGCCCUGAGCGCUGCUGGCUAGUGAAAAAGCAGGGGUUUAGAUUGUUACAAAGAAUAACAAACAGGAGGAUUUUGAAAGUUGACUGUUCAGGCCUCCUAGCAAGGGACAGGGUGGGGGUAAGCACUUAAAAGCUGCCCCUAGCAAGCGUUGACUUCUUUUUGGCAAAUCUCCCAUUUCUAACAGUUGCAUUUCAUUGCAUGUUGAAACUGAGCAGGGAAAAACAUUUACUUUGUGCAUUUCUGCAGCUGGUUUUGCAUGGCAACAUUCAUCCCAAAGAACUGCAUCCGUUUCUUUCAACGUGGACAGGUGUAUUACAUUUUUAAAAAAUCUUCCCCAGCCAUUACAAGAUUGAAGAGGUGAUAUCCAAUUCUCUCAUCUACAGGAGACAAAAUUGUGACUUUGUUGGAGCCUACGGGCCAUGCCACCUCUCCAGUUCUGGCAGUGCCAGGUCUUUUAAAAAUAAGAACAGUGGAGAAACUGAGCCAGCCUGGACCGCCGUUCUAGCGUCCCCUGCAGGACAGCUGCCAAAGCUUCCUUUGCUCCUUCUGCUUUCGUCAGAUUUAUUGCUGAAGUGAGAGAAAGCAGCUGCUGUGUUAAAAACACAUCAUAUUAUUGUGCAUUCCAGCCCAUAUUUUUAAUCUGUCAUCUCUCAUCGACGGUCUACCUUUCAAGACUGUUGUAGUGGCAAGAUCGGUUGAAGGCAAUUAAUUUCUUAGACCGCAGGAGUGGGGUUUUUUGCCUUCCUUCUAUAGAUCGCAAGCAUGGAGGGCAGAAGAAGCUGGGAACAGGCUUCACUUGGGCCAGCGGGGGGAGGGGGCGGGCUUUAGCAGCAAGCCGUUUCCUAU